AUGAAUGAAGAUUUGGGCAAAGAAUUUGAUCUUGCUAUAUCCCAUUUGGCGCAAAAGAUUGAGCCUGUGGCAUCAAAGAUUUUAGAGAGUACUAUCAGGAUACGAACGUCAACUGCAUUGCCCUUUUCCCAGAUUGAUAGUUUAAGAUGUAUAGAUUUGGUUUCGGAGAAUUUGCAGAGGUUGUUGGAUCAUAGGAUUGAUUCAAUUGCUCCGGUAACACAUCACAUUGAAGUUGUACUGGCUGAGAUUAAAAUUUUCAAACCUUUUCACCAGGGUAAAAUUGACCAACAAAGCGAGCGAAGGGAAGUGUUAGAUGCUUGCAAUCAUAUGACCAAUUUAUUUGCCAAAUUUGAGUAUGUUAUUGACACGUUUCUGGUUAAUCCUUCUCCCACAUGGAGCACUCAGUUAGACGAUGUCAUUGAAGAAAUUAAGCUCUUCAAGGAAAUUGUUGAACUUGUGCAUAUCUACAAAGAAAAAAAGGAUGUCACAAGUGAUUGUCGACAAACAUCAAAACCUAGCACGCCAAUCAUUGAUGAAGCAGUUGUAGGCUUGGAGGAUCAGAUAAAAAUAUUAAUGUCUCGGCUAACUGGUGGAGGGGCCGAGCUUAAAAUAAUUCCUAUCAUUGGAAUGCCAGGGAUUGGUAAGACAACACUCGCCAAAAGAAUUUACAAUAACAGAAGAACUGCAGAUCACUUUGAUAUUCAAGCAUGGUGUUCUGUUUCUUCUGGACAUACGGUGAGUGAGUUGGUGCAAGAUAUUUUAAUUUCUAUCGUUGAUCUGAGAGAUGACGUUUACAAGUCAAAGGAGUUAAAUUCUCCUGAACUUUUAUACAGACGGUUAUAUAGGAGAAGAUACAUUAUUGUUUUAGAUGAAGUGUGGAAUUCUCAAAUAUUUGAUGAGUUGCUUAGGUGUUUUCCAGAUAAUCAAAAUGGAAGUAGAAUUCUAGUUACCAGCGGCCAAGAACGUGAGGAUCCAUAUUUUGAUGAACCUCUUUCGGUUCGGUUGUUGACUCCGGAAGAAAGUUGGGAGCUUUUACAAGUGAAGUAUAAUCAGCUUCGCUUCUGUAAUCAAGAAGAAUCUCGCAAACCCCCAAUUCCAAAUAAGAACAUUCCUGCUAAAGUUGGGAAGAAAAUUGCGGUAAAAUGUGAAGGGCUACCUCUGGCCAUUGUUUUGGUAGCUGGGUUUCUUGUCAAUAUAGAGGACGACAAAGAUUGGCGAACCUUUACUUCAGAAACUUAUUUUGAUGAAAGUACAGAAAUUCCAAUUUCAAAACUAACCUGGUUAUGGGUUAGUGAAGGAUUUGUAAAGAAAGAUGAGGUGAAGAAACAAGAGGAGGUAGCGGAAGAUUACCUGAAUGAUCUUAUGGGGAGGAGCCUCAUAAUGGAAGCCAAAAGAAGAUCAAACGGCAAGCUGAAAUCGUGUCGCGUUCAUGAUUGUCUAUAUCAUUUUUGUCGAAAAAGAUCUAUAGACGAAAUCUUCUUGCAAGUGGCUUGGCGGUUUAAAGAUUUCUCUCGCAAUACACUUCUUGUCCUUCCCCGCACAGUGAUAUAUUCUUCUGAACCCCGUUGGCACCGCUCCUGGCCAAGUCCUCUCCCCGAAGGUAGUCUAUUUAGUCACGUCGGUCAGCUUAUUAGAGUGUUGGAUUUGGGGUGCAUCGACAUUGGCAAUACCUUUCCCCCAGAAAUAGCAACACUUGUGCAUUUGAGGUUUUUGUCACUUAAAGGUGGCAUGACUGUCAUUCCCUCUUCAAUUGCCAAGCUCUGGAACUUAGAAACUUUCCUUGUGAAAGGAACACAAGGUGACAUAGCUUUACCAGAUACAUUUUUCAGUAUGACGAGGUUGAGGCAUGCACAUAUAGAUAAUUGUACCUUCUCAAAUUCCGACUUGCCACAAUUGGAAUGUUUGCAGACCUUAUCCACCCCAUCUCUUUCUUAUGACACGGGCAACAAAAUGAGAAGUUUCCUUUUCCUUCAUAAACUAAGGUGCACAUUCUUGGAAUCUUGGGGUCAUUCCAAGAAAUCGGGAAGCUCUUGCAAUGAAUUUCCGGUUUUGGAUUUCUUGAAUCAGCUGGAAUCACUCAAUGUAAUUUACCAAGGCGGGGUGCUUCGGAAUUGUGAAUUUAACUUCCCCUCAAACCUUAAGAAAUUGACCUUAUCAAAGUUUCGGCUACCAUGGGUUGAAAUUUCUGCAAUUGCAGCAUUACAAAACCUCGAGGUUUUGAAACUACUCUCAGAAGCCUUUGAGGGAGAAGCGUGGAAUGUCAGUGAUGAGGAGUUCUCGAAACUCAAGUUAUUGAAAUUGGGAAAUCUGGACAUUAUGCGUUGGAAUAUAUCAGAGGAUGCUUUUCCAUGUCUUGAGCAUAUGGUGUUGCAAAAAUGCAAGCAGCUCAUUGAGAUUCCUUCUGGUUUUGGUUACAGUUGUUAUUCCCUGCAAAAGAUUGAGGUGUUUAUGUGUGGAGACAUUGUUUCUCAAUCAGCGAGAAGAAUGAGGAAAUUCAGCAUGAAGAGAUGGCGAACGAUAAUUUCAAGGUCAUCAUUCAGAACCCAAACAGGGACUAACAAGUUGUCUGUCUUUAAUCGCCAUACUCACUUGUAA